AUGCAAUUCUCAAAAGUCAUUGUCCCAGCUGCUUUAGUCGCUGCCGUUUCCGCUGGUAACGUUACUGUCACCACCGAUGUUGUUGUCACCGACUUCACCACCUACUGUCCUUAUGCUACUUCUUUAGUUAUCAACAACAAGACCAUCACUGUCACUGAAGCUACCACUUUAACCAUCACUGGUCCAUGUACUAUCCCAACCACCUAUGUUACCACUGAAGCUGCUGAAUCCACCUCUGCUCCAGCCACCUCUGCUCCAGAAGUUACCACUGCUGAAGCCGGUGCUGCUAAAGCUGCCGUUGGUGCCGUUGCUGGUAUUGCCGCUGUUGCUGCUGCUUUAUUCUAA